AUGUCCAACUUCAUUUCGAAGCCAUUAGCGAAGCUACUCUUCAACCCCCGGUCGAAGGUGGACAUAUCCAUAGCAGGUAUCGGUCUCUCCACGCAGAACGUGAAAAGUGCAAUUACCGCCACGAUCCAAUCGAGAACACAGGAGUUUUCGACGAAGUUGGAGUUUCUCAUCCUCAAGAAUCCUUCGGCACAGCUGCCGACCAUUCCGAUCAACAUUUCGUCGUGGAAUAUCCCGAAGGUUGCCCUAGCAGACCCCCAGUUCCACGUUCCAGGAAGGAUAGACCUUGUCAUCGGAAGUGAAGCCUUCUGGGAGCUCCAUAGUGGUCGGAAGAUACCGUUAGGAGACGGACUUCCAUGGCUGACUGAAACGCCAUUCGGAUGGGUCGUCGCUGGGACCGCAUCAAGCCAAUACAACUGUAUCCCUCGGAUCUGUAACCUUUCUACGAAAGAUGAUCCCCUAGAAGCCACUCUCCAACGGUUCUGGGAAAUCGAGGACAUUUCCGACGGUCCUGCGCGGUCGGUGGAAGAGAACCGGUGUGAAGAGCACUACGCAACAACUACGACUCGUGAUCCAUCAGGGAGGUAUAUCGUCAGUCUUCCUCGAACCGACAAUCCAAUGGUUGUCCUAGGAAGCUCCAAGGAAAUCGCAGAUCGCCGUCUUCUGAGUGUCGAGCGGCGUCUCGAACGUGUUCCUGCUACCAAGGACGCGUACCACCGCUUCAUGGACGAAUACCUCCAGCUUGGACACAUGAAGAAGCUCGCAGAACCGGUAGAUGAUAGUCAACCCCAUUGCUACAUCCCACACCAUGCCGUCUUCAAAGAGUCUAGCACAACAACGAAGGUCAGGGUCGUUUUUGACGCUUCGUGCAAGACGUCGUCCGGAUAUUCGCUGAACGACACGCUUUUGGUCGGCCCAGUCGUACAGGAAGACCUGUACUCAAUUAUUCUGCGUUUCCGCAUUCGCCGCAUUGCUAUCGUCGCCGACGUAGAGAAAAUGUAUCGGCAGAUGCUGCACUUCCCCGAGGAUCGCAGAUUUCUACGAAUUCGUUUCCGUGAGAGCCCCAGCGAUCCAAUAUCCACCUACGAAUUGCAGACAGUGACCUACGGUACUGCAUCUGCCCCGUAUCUCGCCACGAGAACUCUGCAGCAGAUAGCUCACGAUAAUGGACAUCUGUAUCCAGCUGCUGUAGACCCAGUGAUUCACGACUGCUACGUCGAUGACCUGCUGUCUGGAGCUGACGAUGUGGAAUCAGCCAUUCAAGCGCGGGAACAAGUGACGUCUAUGCUCAACACUGCUGGCUUCUCAGUCAAGAAGUGGGCGUCGAACAUUCCGGAAGUUCUCGCCGGUGUUCCAACGGAAGACCUGGCCCUACAACCACUGCACGAUCUCCAGGACGAGCAGGCCGUUUCCACUCUGGGUCUUGUGUGGGAACCGAGAACCGACACAUUACGGUUCAAGGUCCAACUGCCACCACCGGCUGCGGUACUGACAAAGCGGAAAGUGAUGUCAUACAUCGCCCAAAUCUUCGACCCACUCGGUCUCGUGGGUCCUACCAUCGUAGUUGCGAAACUCUUCAUGCAGCGUUUGUGGGCGCUGAAACACAACGGAGAAACUUGCAAAUGGGAUUUACCGCUUCCGAUCAAGCUUCAACAGGAAUGGAAAGAAUUCCACUCCGAGCUACACAUGCUAGGCGAGGUUCGAGUUCCACGAUUCGCAUCUCUUUCGAAUGUCAUCAACCUCCAGCUCCAUUUCUUCUCAUACGCCUCCAAGGGAGCGUAUGGCUCCUGCUGCUACGUACGAGCUAAAACAAGAGAUGGUGUGUCAGUGCAGCUGCUAACUGCGAAGUCAAAGGUAGCUCCACUAUCUAGCCGUCAUUCCAUCGCCCGGCUGGAACUAUGUGCAGCGCGACUGUCGACGCAGCUGUUCCAGAAAGUGUUGGCCGCCCUGAAGAUACCAGCUCCAGCUUACUUCUGGACGGACUCCACCACGGUUCUCCACUGGUUACGGUCACCACCUAGCCGUUGGAAGGCAUUCGUAGCCAAUCGAGUGUCACAAAUCCAGCAUGCAGUCGCCGUGAGUCGCUGGAAACAUGUUCCUGGCAUCGACAACCCAGCAGACGAUAUCUCACGGGGAUUGAAUCCAAUCGACAUUCUACAGUGCAAGCGUUGGUGGAACGGUCCUGACUGGUUGACACUCCCUCCGGCGAACUGGCCGAAUCUCCUUCCGGUCGAUGAAGACGCGCAAGCUUCCACCGAAGAGAUGCGGAAGGUCCCGGUAGUUUCGAUGGGCGUCAUUCAAAGCGGUUUCCACGACGAGCUGUUCGCCCGUUUCUCCAGCUUCUCUAAGCUUCGUCGUGUCACUGCGUUCUGUUUGCGAUAUCUUCGAUCUUUGCAAGAACGCGCCAUGUUUCGCCGCACCGAUCCGGAAAAGUACAAUCAGCUCACCCUCAACGAUGGGGAAGUCGCUCCUCUUACCUCCGGAGAACUACAAACCGCGGAGGUGCACCUCUGUCGUCUCGCACAACGUCAGUCGUUCGCUGAAGAACUUUCGGAUUUGGCCAGCGGGGAAAGAGUCACCAAAUCGUCAGCGUUGAAAUGGCUGAAACCGUUCGUCGAUCAGAACGGCCUUAUUCGUGUCGGUGGCCGGCUGCGCAACGCCGCCCUCUCCGACUUCGUGAAGCACCCCAUCGUGCUUUCUGCCAAACAUCCGCUGUCGACUCUGCUGGCUAGUUUCUUUCACUUAAAGCUACUGCACGCAGGCCCUCAACUCCUGCUAGCCACGCUGCGCCAGAAAUACUGGAUUCUCGGCGGCAGAAACUUAACAAAAUCCGUCUUUCACCAUUGCCACACUUGCUUUCGUAGCAAGCCCACACUAGUCCAGCAGAGCACAGCGGAUCUACCGGCAUCCCGAGUCUCACCAACUCGACCUUUUUCCGUCUGCGGCGUCGACUAUUGUGGACCGUUCUUCAUCAAGCCAACCGUCCGCAAUCGUGCACCAACGAAAGCCUACGUAGCGGUCUUCGUCUGUUUUGCGACAAGGGCCGUACACAUCGAGCUUGUGAGCGAUCUUACCACAGCUGCAUUUCUAGCAGCACUUCGUCGUGUCGUCGCCCGCAGAGGAAGAAUCGCCGAGCUGCACUCGGACAAUGCGACGACGUUCAAGGGUGCGUCUCACGCACUCAACCGCGUCUACCAAAUGCUGAAGGUGGACAAUGCCGACCGAGACAGGAUCUUCAAUUGGUGCUCCGAGAAUGAGAUUCGGUGGAAAUUCAUCCCGCCGAGAGCGCCACACUUCGGAGGCCUGUGGGAGGCCGCCGUCAAGUCAGCGAAGAAGCACCUGCUCAAGAAUGUCGGCAACAGCAGCAUCGCCUACGAGCCGAUGGUAACUCUUUUGACCCAGGUCGAGAUGUGUCUGAACUCCCGUCCGCUGACGCCGAUGCCGAGUGAGCCGUCCGAUCUGGAGGUCCUAACACCAGGACACUUUCUCGUCGGGUCCAAUCUACAAGCGGUACCCGAAGUUGAUUUUCGUGGAAUUCCUGACAACCGUCUGGAAUCGUACGAGCUGGUCCAGAAGCACCUACAGAACAUCUGGGCUCGCUGGUACCCGGAAUAUCUCCAGCAGCUGCAGUCCCGAGCUACCAAGGGCUGCAAUCCUCCGGUCGUCGUCGAGGUCGACCGAAUCGUCGUUAUCAAGGAGGACAACGUCCCUCCUGCCAGCUGGCCGAUCGGAAGAAUUAUCAAGCUUCAUCCGGGUAAGGAUGGUGUCGUCCGAGUGGUGACACUGCGGACUGCACCGGGAAAGGACAUCGUUCGAGCGGUAGCUAAGAUCGCCCUUCUGCCGUCACCGGAUCCAAGUCUUUAA